AUGGCUUCAUUCCACCAUUUCUUCCUUGUAUUAUCUUUGCUUGCCAUUUUCAUCUCCGCCGCCGCCGCUGCCGCACCUGGCGGCCAUAACAUUACCAAAAUCCUUGAGGCUUACCCGGAAUACAGCGAGUUCAACAACUUACUAAGCCAAACAAAACUCGCCGACGAAAUCAACAGCCGGGAACCCAUCACCGUUCUGGUAUUAAGCAACGGAGCCCUCUCUUCCAUCACCGGCAAACAUCCACUUUCCGUCGUUAAGAAUGAAUUGGCACUACACGUAUUGUUAGACUAUUUCGAUGCCGGAAAGCUACACAAGAUCUCCGAUGGUUCAACUCUAUCCACCACGUUAUACCAGACUACUGGAAAUGCCCCCGGAAACCUAGGGUUUGUCAACAUUACCGAUCUCAAGGGUGGUAAAGUCGGAUUUGGCUCCGGGGUUCCAGGCUCGAAACUCGGCUCCACCUACUCCAAAUCGGUUCAACAACAGCCUUACACUAUUUCCGUUCUCGAGGUCAGCGCGCCAAUUGAUGCACCGGCGAUUUUAACUGCCCCGACUCCUUCAGCUUCUGACGUCAACAUUACUGGGUUACUUGAGAAAGCAGGGUGCAAGACAUUUGCAUCGCUUCUUCUUUCUUCAGGGGUUUUGAAAACCUAUCAGUCAGCCAUUGAGAAGGGUUUGACGAUUUUCGCGCCAAAUGAUGAGGCCUUCAAGGCGGCCAAAGUGCCAGAUCUGAACAAGCUCUCAAAUGCUGAAGUGGUGUCGCUCUUGCAGUAUCACGCCCUUGCCAGCUAUACUCCUAUCGGAACAUUAAAAACCACGAAGAGCUCGAUUUCUACCUUGGCUACGAACGGCGCCGGGAAGUAUGAUCUGAGCGUCGCGACUGCAGGUGACUCAGUGAGCCUCGACACCGGAGUUGACACGUCCAGAGUCGCUUCCACAGUCCUUGACUCAACUCCGCUUUGCAUUUUCACCGUCGACAGCUUGCUUCUUCCAACGGAGCUUUUCGGAAAGGCUCCGGCACCGGCGCCGGGACCUGCACCAGAGAAAUCUCCCUCCCCUGCUCCCGCGGUUGAAUCUCCAGGGCCGGCCCCAGAAUCUGCAACCGCUCCUUCGUCGUCGUUAUCUCCCCCGGCGCCUCCGACGAGCUCUCCUGUCGGAUCUCCUUCAGAAGCUUCCACCGCAGACUCACAGAAUAGUACUGCAGACAAUGCCGCCGGCGCCUUGGAGACUCCAGCGUUGAUGAAGAUGCUGCUCACAGUGGCAGUUUCGGUAUUUGCCUCCACACUGAUGUUCUAA